GAGCUGCAACGCUGUGCGCGUCGCAGCGCACAACUCUCCAGGAAGUCGCAGCAAAGGAAGGGAAGGGAAGGCCAAGGCAAAGGGAAGAAAGCUAGCCCCAGCCUCAGCACCACACGCCCCCUCCUCGCUUCAUCGAUCCAUUGCUCUCCAUCCCUCUCCCCUCUUUGAUCCAGCUCAUUUCAUCACUUUCAUAUCAGACGUCUCUCACUCGGAACAUUAGUUCCCAUCAUGUCAGCGUCGGAUCCAUUCUACCUCGUCAAAGACGAGAUUCAGGACACUGUCACGAAGCUGCUCUCUACGUUGGUUCGAUGGGAGAAGUUACCGACUUCGUCCACAGAGCGGAGCGUGAUUGGAGGGGAGAUGCUAUCCAGCUGUGAGAGCUUAGAAUGGCAGGUUGAUGAAUUGGAUAAGGCAACUUCUGUUGCAGAGAAGGAUCCUGCUCGCUUCAAGUUAGAUGCAGUUGAGAUAAAACGGCGCAAAAGCUGGACUUCUUCUACAAGGAACCAGGUUCAUUCGAUAACUGAAAAACUUCAAAGCAAAUCUUUGACUAAUGCUGGGGGUGCUGAUGCUCCAACUAGUCGUCCGGGAUUUUUGCGAAUAGACGAUCAAUUCCAGCAGGCGCCCACACGUUCGAAUUAUGACAGCCAUAUUGCUAAUGAAUCUGAUCGACAAGAACUUCUUUUAAGGGAACAAGAUGAAGGUCUAGAUGAUUUGAGUGCAAGUCUGACUCAUGUUGGCCACGUAGGCGUUAGUAUACACGAAGAAUUGUCAUUACAGGGUCAGCUUAUGGAGAAGUUCAGCGAAGAUACAGAUGGCACAGCCUCUCGGCUUGACGUAGUCCAGAAAAAGCUUGCAACAGUGAUGAAGAUGGCAGGUUGGAAAGGCCAAGUGUUCAUGAUAGUGUUUCUGGUGGUGCUACUUGUGAUACUCAUCUUUCUAGUGUUUUCCGGGUAGUAAUCUGUUGCUUCAGGAGUGAACAAAGAGUCGUCCACAAAUGUUUAAAAAGUUAAUUGUCAGCCACAAAAGUCAGUCACAUAAGGUUCUGCCUGUGACAAAGUAGGUUUUGUAGAUAAUGUUGCUAACUAGAUGCUAAGUUCAUGUAAAAAUGCAUUAGGAUCCAAAAAUCAUAUUAGAAAAUGAUGAAAAAAAAAUAUUAUGGUUGUGCGUUGACUAAUUGGAUCCAGCCCACUUACCUGUCAGUUGAUGCAAUCUGGAUUACUACUCAACGAUGGUUACCACACGAUCAUCCGAGUUGCAUUAACCCUGUCAAUGAGACUUUUGUAGAACCGAAUAUGCCCUCGCUGUGUCACUUUCUACUAUGCCACCGAUGUUCGAAGUGGCCUGUAAAGACAUUCUCAAAUUUUACAGUAGAAUAUGACAUUACUCUGGCUGUAUUGGUGAGUGGGCUGGUUCAUUGAAAUUAGUAACGUCGCAGCAGGAUAUUGCCUCACUGCCCCACCAGUCUGAAAUGCAGCUUCACAGUAGACCGUUGUCAAUCACCAUGUAAUUGUACGCAAGGGUUGCGUUUGUGAAUUCAGAGACAGGAAAAGUGACUUCUCCGACACUAGUAUAUGGGUAUCUGGGAGUAUGAUCAAUUGAGUCAAAGGACUGAACAUCAAAGAUUUGGUCAUUUUAUGUAUCAAAAAACUACAUGCUUUUUAUGAUUCA